AUGACUUCGCUCAACACAGAGCUGGCUCUCGCAAAGAGGUUUCAUAUGCUGAGCAAAAAUUAUAGCAACCGCCCUGUCAUCGCGCGCCGCAACACGCUUCCCACUCUUGUGCGGUUUAUUCGGAGUAACGACCGAGAAACUCGUCACUACUCCCUCUCUGCGCUCCUGCUGCUUGCGCAACACGAGGAAAAUGUGGAACUACUUUGCUUGGAGCGCGGCCUCGUCCCGGGUGUUUACGCAGUUUACAAAGAUGCCGAUUACGACGACCCCCAGUUACGUGAAAUAGCAGAUCAAAUUCUGAACUGUCUCGAACCCGUUUUGCAGGGCAGAGACCCACGUAAGGCUAGCCAAACAAGCGUAACUCCUGUUGGGAGUAGCAGUGAUGCGGUUGACAGCGAUCCUUUAAAUGAUAGUUUUUCCCCCAGUCGACGAGCGCGCGCGGGCAGGGUGCUGCGGGGAGUUGGCUCGGAUGCUAUCCACACUGUUCUACUUGACAUCCCCGCGUUGGAUCCGAAUGGGGGGGACAAUAUUGAGGCUAUCGAAGACAUCUUUCAAACAACGCGCGGCGUUUUGUCAUACUCUAUUUUUGUGGAGAACAGACAGGCACGUCUGUUCGUUACAUGUGCCACACAGGUAGUGCAACAAGUCCUCUCCGACUCUGGUUUCGAAUCAGUGGUAGUUCGCGAUGACGUCGUCAACCAGGAGAUGUUUGGCGGCGGAGCUGACGGCAGUGCCGGGUUAAAUAGCGGUGGGAAUAGAAGCAAUACAAGCUACUACGAUGGCGGUUCUCCACAGCACCGUCCCUCUUAUCUGCAAAGUGUCGCCAACAGCAUCUACCAGUCCGCACUUGUCCUUGGAGGUGGCAGCAGGAAUAAUGACACGCUGUCGGCACGUGUUAACGAGCAGCGGACGAGGGAGCAAGAAGGAGAAUCAACAUUUGGGUACAUAUCGAAAACGCUGUCGAAGUGGUGGUGA